AUGAUGAACGACCUAACAUCCGAGCCAGGCAGAAGGAAACGAGCGGCUUGGGGAGCAUUCAAGAGCAUCGAGGAUGUAGUGAAGAAGACCAAGAACAUUCGGCUCCGUGCUCACAUAUUCUACACCAUCGUUCUAGAACGCGGAGUUGAAAGGGUCAUGUUAGGAGCAACCCGCUUUACGCGAGUGAAUGAAGGGAUUCGAAGUCCACUCCCAUGCCACCGAUCGAAGAUCAGAGACGCUGCCGCAUAUGCUAAGGAAGGCAAAAUAAGAGAUGCCACUGGGCAGCACUUGCGCGCGAUCGCGACCAAUGGAAGUAUUACUGGUGCCCGCUACAGCAAAUCGAUGAAAAACGGGAGCACAGGUGAUACAGUGGCAGGUAUGUGA